GGCCCUGUGUGUCAUUUUAGGGUGUUGCAUUCAAGCCUGAGGGCCCUGUUAGCAUAGUUCCUCCCAUCAUCUAUGACAGAUAGAUAUCAAGACGAGAAAGUAUUAGCAACCUCCCUCAGCUAGCACACAAGUUACACACAGAUACGGAUACACAGCGGCGGCCUGACAAAAUGUUCCUUCUGUCACUGGCAUGGCUAUUGUUGACAGGACCACUUUGGACAUCUGGUCAAGAUUUACAACAGAAGCUGCUGGAAGAAGAAGUCAGCGUUCGUUACCCUAAGAUCCCAAGCAGUGAGACCAUUGAUUGUGAUUGUGGCAGCAUGGCUUGUGACUUAGUCUUCUGGUUCCACAGUGACAUCAGUGGCAAAGUCCAGUUUCUAGGCAGAUGCAACAAUGCUGACCGUACUCUCUAUGGAGCUAACGUGGACCAAACACGUUUUAAACUCAGUAAAAGGGGCAGUAAGUCUUUUGCGCUCCGUAUCAUCAAUGUGACGAAAGAAGACAGAGGGAUUUAUUCUUGUGUCUUGAAGGAAAAAAAUCUUUAUGAAGUAUGGAAGCCUGGGACUCUUCUACUGCCAGGAGAGACCCCACCAACACCACCUCCUAAGCCAAAACCCAAACCACCAUCCAAACCAACCUGUCGUUGCAAUGCAGGUGACUCCAAGGGAGGCUGUGGCUCUCUGAUUGUUUGGCCUCUUGUCGGACUUCUUGGAGGCUUGGCCCUGGCUGUUCUCUGCACGCUGCGUUACUUUAGCCGACUACCCAGAAAGUGUCACCACCACUUUGCAAAGAAUAGGCAGACGUUCUAAAAAAACCCUGCGUCUCAUGUAUUUUUAAGUGGCUGAAGUGCUUCGUUUGAGUAUUCUGUCCGGCCAUGAAAGGCAUGAUUCACCCUUAAUAGCUGGUCUUCUAACAACAUCUCGAGUUUAUUUACGCUUAAAUGAACUCUCAGCAAGAAAAGACAUUUGCUUUUUCAACAGCAGCAGCAGCAGCCAUGUAAGAUAUUGUAACAUAUUGACAGGCUUUUGUUAUGUAUAAGACAAAGUUCCAUAGUUUAAAGACCCAUGUUGUGCUUUUUAUCUAUAAUCUUUCUUUCUGUCUCUAAUCAGUGAGCUGCAUUUAGCGUAAUUUAUAAAGGUGGUUUUCAAUUAAUCAGGUAUUGAAUGUGCUGUGAACUGUUAUCAUUUAUUUUGAUGCAAAUAUCACAAAGUACACAAACAGACAUACAGUAAUUGUGCAGUUUUCUGCAUUUUUUGCUUUCUUCUGUACUUAUUUGUGUUUUUCACAUUAUUACAGCAAUUUAGACACAGAACAAAAAGCACUGUCAUGUCGGUAUUUCUGUGAGCAUGCUUGUGUUUAAUCAAUAAAACUAUCAUUUCAGUCAUU